AUGGGGCAUAUUACGGACGGCGAUAUGGCUGUUGAGCACGAAGUUGACGCCGCAGUCUACCAAGACAUGGAAGACGCUACACACCCGGAGGACGGCGACACUGUUAACACAGAGGCAGAAGAGAGGGUGGAUGGGCCUAAGGAUAACUUGGACUGGUUGAGGAACCUCACUGAUGAUGAGGCCUUAGAGGCUUAUGAGUGGUUUGGUCACGAGUAUAUUUAG